UAAAUACAGACGCGGCUGGAGCCCGGGCAGAGAAGCGGUCGGGGGGUUUGAAUCGUCGUCAAGGGGUGGAGGGAAAGUGGCGUCCUAAAAAAACACGAAACCGUUCAGCUCAGGCGGCAUCUCCGGGUUUCCUUUUGGCAACCGAGCAUCUUUAGAGCUUCUGCUUUGGAGGCAGCCCAAGGCGCGCGGUCUCUCUCUCUUGCGCCUUGUAUUAUUAUUAUUGUUGUUGUUUUGUUUGUUUCAUUUUUUUUCUCUCCCGACGGGCGUCCCUCUCUUUCGGUUGCCUGCAAUGCCUUUUCUGGGGCAGGACUGGCGAUCACCGGGCCAGAACUGGGUGAAGACGGGGGAUGGCUGGACCAGGUUCCUGGACGGGAAGGAGCACGGCGGCUGCGACAACGAGAAGAACAGUUACUGCUGGAAAGAGGAAUUCAACAAGGAGAACAUCUUCCACAACCUGAACUGCGAUGUGGCUGCGAAAAAACGAAAGAAGGACCAGCUGAACAAUAAGACCAGGAUUCAGUAUUUUCACCAAGAAAAAUGGAUUUAUGUGCACAAGGGAAGCACCAAAGAACGCCAUGGCUAUUGCACCCUGGGAGAAGCUUUCAAUAGACUGGAUUUCUCUAACGCUAUUCUGGAUUCCAGAAGGUUCAACUAUGUUGUGCGGUUGUUGGAGCUGAUUGCAAAGUCUCAGCUGACGUCACUGAGUGGAAUCGCGCAGAAAAACUUUAUGAAUAUCUUGGAGAAAGUUGUGCAAAAAGUUCUGGAAGAUCAACAGAAUAUCAGACUGAUAAAAGAAUUGCUGCAGACUCUGUACAUGUCACUUUGCACCUUGGUCCAGAGUGUUGGCAAGUCUGUUCUAGUUGGCAACAUAAACAUGUGGGUCUACCGAAUGGAGAUGAUUCUUCAUUGGCAGCAGCAGCUGAACAAUAUCCAGAUCACCAAGCCUGAUUUCAAAGGGUUGACUUUCACAGACCUGCCCUUGUGUUUACAACUAGAUAUCAUGCAACGGCUGUCAGAUGGGCGAGACAUUGUGAGUCUUGGGCAAGUGACUCCAAGUCUUCAGGUGCUCAGUGAAGACCGACUCCUCUGGAAAAAACUCUGCCACUACCACUUCACAGACCGACAGAUACGCAAGCGGCUAAUACUGUCAGAUAAAGGGCAUUUGGAUUGGAAGAAGAUGUACUUCAAGCUUGUGAGAUGUUAUCCGCGGAAAGAGCAAUAUGGAGAUACUUUGCAGCUUUGUAGACAUUGUCAUAUCCUUUCAUGGAAGGGCACUGAUCAUCCCUGCACGGCUAAUAACCCGGAAAGCUGCUUGACUGCUCUUUCGCCACAAGACUUUAUCAACUUGUUCAGAUUCUGAAUUCCCAAAUAAUUUCACUACCUAUCGUAUUGUUCCGAUGGGACACUACACUGCUGAGCAGAAUGGCUCAGUUUGUAUCAUAGCUUGUAAAUAAUACGGCUUGAUUGUUCCUGAGUCAAAGACGACAAGAGACUUUUAGGAGGCAGAAGUAGCCAUAAUCUCAUGGCCUUGGACUCUUGAGAGAAUAUAGCCUCCUAGUUGGACUUAUGUAAAAAGGCAAGAUUUGUGUAAAUAUUAAGCUUGGUAAGAAUUGGUGUGCAAACUUUCGUUGACAAACAGUUUAGGAAAUGCAAAGAAGAGUCACCCUGCGAAUAUUUGGAAAUGUCUUCUGGAUUUUCAAAGCCAGAGGAAUGAUAUACACUGCAGUUAGGUUAAAGCUUGGAACUAUUCCCAACUCUGCUUUUUUUAUUUGUUUGCAGAAGAUAUUUAUACCUAAAACUUUUUUAAAAAAGAUUUACAAGGAUAUAUCCCUUUAUUCUUCAAAAAAAAAUGAACUGAAUCCAGAUAAAAUUUCCCAGUUUCUACCUCUGAAACAGCUUUCCAAAUUAAACCAGUGUGUGGUAUAAAGCUUCUGUACAUCAUCUAAAGAGAUGUGUGGGUUUUUGUUUUUUUUUAAUCUGUUGAUAGUAGCUUUCCUGGUGCUGCUUUUUGUAACACUUAAGUUUUAAUUUAUCUGGCUAUCUUUUUAUGGUAUUUAAAUGUAACUGAGUCCUGGGAAAUUUGGAAAUUUCCCUAGGUCAUUCUUGGAUACCAUUGAAAGCUGACUAUGUUGUAAGUACAGCUUAGGCAGCUGGAUAAACUACCUGAGUAGACCUUUUAUUAGAAACAUGUUUUGGUUUUUCAACUUUGCAUGCAGUGCAGAUGUUUACUCAUUAUCUUAAGAAAAAAAAAACCCAACAAUCUUUGUGCAAUUUAAAUGUGGAAGAUCACCCCUCUCAAUGAGGAUUGCAGUAUUUGGGCUGCAAAAUACGAGCAGCCAUUAGAUGUCAGGAAAGAGAGAGUUUCUAAACUAACUCUUUGCUGACAUCUACUGGUCACUGCGCACUUUGCAACCCAGGAAUAACUACCUUAUGCUAGAGGGCAUAAUGCUUGUUCCUGUGAUCUCAUGAACCCAGUUUGGCAGUUUUGAUAUCAUUUGAUGUUAAAAUUGAUGAUGCCACAUGGGUUAUACCCAGAGCCUUCCCUCAGAUAAAAGAUGAAAUAGCUAAGAAGCCUCUUCCUAUUUGCUAACAUGGGGUUUGAAUCCUGAGUGUAGAUGAAAUACCUGAUUUUAAGAAAAAUUAGAGAUACAGGCACGCUGCAUAUCCAGGUAAUGACAUUUCUAAUCUCAAAUUCAGACUUCAUUAUAGCUGAGAAAGAGUGUCCUAAUCACCAAAACAUUAGUCUUUCUCUUUGAAGCAUUCCCUCUAUAUCUAUAGAGUAGGAAAAAUUCCCAUAUGGGCAUCAAGGGUUGAGGGUUUGAGACAUUGAUGUGGUCAGGAAAAUAGGAAGUCAGACUGGAAUACAGGUAGCUCUUGACUUACAACAAUCUGUUUAAUGACAAAGGUACAACAGCGACCAUUUGUUGCGCUUACAACUCACAAUAUCCUCGUGAUCACUUGAUCAAAAUUUUGGCACCUGGCAAUCGGCAUGUAUUUACAAUGGUUGUGGCAUCCUGGGGGUCUGAUUGCCAUUUGCAACCUUCCCACCUACCUACCAAUAAGCAAAAUCAAUAAAAUCAAUGGGAAGCCAGACUCGCUUAGCAACCGUGUGAUUCACUUAGUAACUGCAACCAUUUGCUUACCCACCAUGGCAAAACAAAAACAAAAACGAAAGUUGUAAAAGUGAGAGUGGCUCCCUGAACAACCGCCCUGCUUAGCAAUGGAAGUUCUGUUCUUCCUCGUGGUUGUAAACAGUCACAGUUUCACUUAUAGUGACUGCCUCGCUUAACAACCAAGUCGCCGAUCCCACCAAUUGUCGCUCGCCAAGGACUACUUGUAAGUAAAUAGGAAACUUGUGUUUUAAUAGAUAGGUUUUGUCAGAAAGAAAGCCCCAUUUGGGACAAAUAAACGGUUAUCAAAUGUUAAGGAAAAGGUUUUGUGAUUGGGAGAUUAGAUGCAAAUGAAGAUUAAAAAGAAUCAGAAAGUUUCAGGGGCCUCUGCGGGAAGGGUGCAAAAUGAUGAAAGCAAUGUUGUAAUCUCAUGAGAUUAACUCUUUUGUAGAGGUUUGCAAAAACCUUAUGGCAUGACAUAACUUCUGUUAUUCUUACAAGAAUAACAGUUCCUGCAGUAGUGGGGUUUUAAAGUAUGCUUUUGUAUAUAUGUGUGUGUGUGAAAUCAUUUUUAUUUACUGUUAUCACUCAACUUUCAAAAAAAAUUACUCCGCAUAGGCUGCAAAUCUGUUAUUUUCUGGCCUUAUGAAAUACUGCCUAUAUGGGUUGUCCUCGACUUACAACAGUUCACUUAGUAACCGUUUGAAGUUGCAGUGGCACUGAAAAAAGUGACUUAGGACCUUUUUUCACACUUAACGACCACUGCAGCUUCCCCAGGGUCACAUGAUGAAAAUUGGCCACUGACUCAUAUUUAUGACGUCAGUGGCAGUGACCUGGGGAUCAAGUGAUCAACUUUUGCGACCUUCUGACAUGCAAGGUUAAUGGGGAAGCCAGAAUCACUCAACAACCGGGUUACUAAUUUUUAACAACUGCUGUGAUUCACUGAACAACUGUGGGAAGAAAGGUUGUAAAAUGGAGCACAAUUCACUUCGCAAAAGUCCCGCUUAGCAACAGAAAUUUUGGGCUCAACUGUGGUGAUAAGUCAAGGACUACCUGUAUCUACCCAGUGUUUUGAAAACUCUGCUACUCGAAACCCUUGGUGGCUAGGAGGUGAAUUUUUUAUUUUUUUAUUUUAUUUGACAUAACACGUCAAUGUUACACUGUAGAAAAGCUGAUUGUGGCACCUAUGUUGUUUGAAGGCUAAUAAUAAUAUUCUGCAUCACUUGUAUAGGAUAUUAACUUUAUAACUUUGAAGUUGAAUCUAGGACUUUGAGACGUGUUCACCCAUGUUCAGGGAUAAAAACCAUAUUCCAGAAUAGUCCGAUGGUCUCGUAUAACCAUUUUUGUCUGGAGUAGGAUCCUGAGCUAUAAGUUCCUGGAAACCAUUUGGCAAAAUCUCUGGUUCUGCAUACAUUUGUGCCAGAGUAUUAGGGCAUCCAACCAGUUAACUAACCUUCCCUACAAAAUCAAGAGUAAACACACAAUGAUGUGCAAUGAUGCCUUUUUUGAAAUAGGCCUGGAAUCUUCCAAGUGCAGUAAAAUGUCUACGAAAUCUUGAUAUUUCUUUGCCUUCUAUUCACACACUACAUAAGGGAGAACAGACUUGACACAUUUUUCUCAGCAACCUGUUGAUGGUUCCUUUUAGCAGCUCUGCAGUUUGACACAAUAACUUGCGGUGCUUUGUGAAAACACUUCUUCUUGUUUGCUAAAUUGUUGGCAGAAACACUGCCCUGCUGUCAAUAUAAUGCUUUUAUGACUUGAAGGGUCCGAUCUAUUUCACCUACCAUGGUUCUUUCUAUUUAAGAUUCUGCAGUCUAAAAUUCUGUUAUAAUGUACAAAGUGCAAAGUAUUUUUUAAUUGUUCGCUUCAAAACUUUUCACUGCCAGUUGUCUUUUUUUCUUUCCAUAAAAGUAUCCAAGGCAGCAGGAAAAAAAAAAAGAAUUAGCUGCACUGAUUUUUUUUUUUUAAAUUAGAUAUCAACACUCCAUCAACACAUUAUCUUUUGAACGGAGUGUUUUGGUUUUGUAAUUAUUUUUUUAUAUCCUUGUGAACAACUCUGGGAUCUUUUCCGUGAGAUGAGAUAUAAAAAUAUUUUGAGGAUGAGAAGGAGGAGGAAUCUGGAAAAAAAUAUGGAAAUGAAUUCAAACACUUGUCAGAUAAAAUGCUUUUGCACUAUAGUAGUUUGAGUGUCUUCUAUACCUUUGCAAAUACUUGAUGGCUAAUAACUAACUGUUCCAAUUCCAGUUUUUUUUUCCCCAUUUCUAUAAUCCUAAACUUUGGAGAUAUUUAAAAAUCAUCUCCAUGCAGGAUACAAAACAACACAAAACUGAGUGCAAUUAGCCCAGAAAUCAAUGAGCCAUAUUAGAACUAGUAAACCAACCAUUAAAAUGAUGGCUACAAUAUUCUUAUUGGCAGAAGCUCUAAUUGUUCUCUUGCGUGGAAAUGUGCCACAAGUAGUAAAAAAAACGAUUUGAUCACCAUUUCCCAAAUUUCUCCAAAAGCAUGUAUUUUCAGCAUUUGAGCUUUAUUCUAGAAAUAUUUGGAUCUGGAAGUCUUGCAAUGUUUAAUCUUACAAUGCUGAACUUAGUACAGGUAGCUCUUGAUUUACAAGAGUCUGUUUAAUGAUCGUUUGAAGUUAUAAUGACAC